CUGUGGCUUACGGGUGUUUGGGGCUCGGGGCCUUCGGAGUUAAGAACUCUUGUUCUUCACAGUCUUUGCAUUUUGUAGUUUCUCACUGAUCCACAUAUCUGAUCUGGCUUAAGGGGAAAUCACAUGUCUACAAUAAUGUCUGUUUCCAUAAUAGGAAAUGACCAGCCCCCGGAGGUCCCUGCUAACCAGCCCAAGAGGCGAAUCAUCACACCAGCACGCCAGGAGCAGAACAGAAUUUCACAGCGAGCAUAUCGUGAGCGACAGAAAGAGCGCAAAAAGCGUUCUACCACUCAUGGGCAAGCGAGGAAGCUCGCCCCUCAACCAUUAUCAUAUUCACCGAGUAGUUCGCCUAGCACUCGCUCUGAAUCAACGACAAAACCAAACUCCCCAUCAUCUUUAGUUCAAUAUUUGGCCCUCGGCCAUAGGGCUGGCACAUCACCACUAUUGCCGGCUGAUCCAAUGAUGAAUGCCAUGCAAACCUCUCAAGAUACCGUCCGGAUGGCACUUCUAAACAACGCAAUUUGCCUGGGAUUUGAUCUCGAUCAAUUAGCGGAUUGUAACAAGCCAUACAUAUCACCAUUUUUCAGAUCUAUCGCGGCACAAGAUAGCCCACAGGACCUCGUCGCGUCAACCUUCAACACUUCAAUACCAAUCAAUCUCCAACCUACCAUGGCCCAGAUUCUUGUCCCUCAUCAUGCCAGCCUGGAUCUGAUACCAAUGCCACUCCUCCGAGAACGUGCUAUCAUGAUGUCUUUUGCAAUGCCAGACGCAUUCAACCUUUGGGAUCUGAAGUUGGAUGUUUAUACGCGGCAUGCACUUGUUUGCCGGAGUCAUCGCCCUGAAGGCACUUGUCAACCAUGGGACCAGAAGAGCUGGGAGGCAAUGCCGUGGUUUUUGAAGAAGUGGAGUAUGACAAUCGAAGGAUGAUCAAGUAUGUAACUAGGUUAUGAAUAUACAAGCACAGCAAUGUAU